UCUUUUUCAGUCAGCGCCCUGCCCAUUCAGGAGCGAAUUCAUGGCGAGAAUGGUUGGUAUGUACCACAAAUCGAUGGUACCUUCGAGUGGAUGGAUCUGGACGAGGCCGAGCAUCUGUUGGCUGACGCGGAGCAGAUGGAGGAACGUGUAAACACAAAUGCCGUGUCCUUCUACCUUUACACCAGAUCGAACCCCCACGAGGGCCAACUCAUUAGCGACAAGGAAGCAUCCAUUCGCGACUCGCAUUUUAACAAGGAUCAUGCCACACGCUUUGUUAUCCACGGCUGGACUGGUCGUCACUCGGACCACAUGAACAAAGAAAUUACCAAGGCCUGGCUAUCCCGAGGUGAUUACAACAUUAUUAUUGUUGACUGGGCCCGUGCUCGCUCCGUUGACUACGCCUCCUCGGUCGUUGCUGUACCCGGCGCCGGCACCAAAGUGGGUCAAAUGAUCAACUACCUGCACGAGCACCAUGGCAUGUCUCUGGAGCGCCUGACGGUAAUUGGCCACAGCUUGGGUGCCCAUGUUUCAGGAUAUGCCGGCAAGACAGUUGGCGAGGGUCGCAUUCACACAAUUAUUGGCCUAGACCCUGCUCUGCCCCUGUUCAGCUACGACAAGCCCAACAAACGCCUCAGCUCAGAGGAUGCCUUCUACGUAGAGUCCAUUCAGACCAACGGCGGCAAGCUGGGCUUCCUCAAGCCCAUUGGCAAGGGCGCCUUCUACCCCAAUGGUGGCAAGGAGCAACCCGGCUGUGGUGUAGACGCCACUGGAUCCUGCUCCCACGGCCGCUCCGUGACCUACUAUGCUGAGGCCGUCACUCAGGAUAACUUUGGCUCCAUCAAGUGUGGUGACUACGAGGCAGCGGUCAGAAAAGAGUGCGCCAGCACCUACAGUAGCAUUCGCAUGGGCGCCGAUUACAAUGCCUACAUGUUGGGCGGUAACUUCUAUGUGCCUGUUAACAGCAAAGAGCCUUUUGGCAAAAUUGAAUAAGUUCCGCUAUCUGUCGAUCUGAAUAAAGUCUAAAAACAAACAA